CAUAAAUACAACGCCACUCUUAUAUCUCCAUGUGGGAAUUUAUGGCCUCCAUCUCCGUGAAGCACAAAGCUCAGGAGAAAUGGAGGCGACCAACUCACUCCUCAUCCUCUCCCUUAUUGGCCUCAUCUCCCUCCUCAAACUCUCCCUUCCCAUCCUCCACUGGCUCUAUUCAACCUUCCUCCGCCCAGCCAAAGAUCUAAACCGUGUCUACGGCUCAUGGGCCGUCGUGACCGGCGCCACAGACGGCAUCGGCCUGGCCAUCGCCUCGGCUUCGUCGGUAGCGGUGCCGUCGUUUCCGUUCUACGCCGUCUACGCCGCAACUAAAGCGUGGUGUUUAUGGUUUCAUGGGAAUCGAAGGGGAGAGGAUGUUCGCCACGAGGGAGUUGCGGAAGGUUUUAAGCUUUUGAACAAGAUGAAAAGAAGAGGAACAAUUCCCUAUAUGAGAUCCCCUUCUACGUGGCAACAAAGAUGGUUUCCAUCGAACAGCCAUCCACCUUCAUUCCAUCACCAGAAAAAUUUGCCAAGGCUUCUGUUCGCUGCAUAGGCUAUGAGCCGCUCUGUACUCCUUACUGGUCCCAUGCCAUCCAAUGGGGACUCUUAGCUUUGCUCCCAGACUGUCUCCUCGACGC